AUGUACGCAGCCGGCUCGUCUAAUGGUAACAUUGGUAAUGGACGUCAUUGGACGGACAGUAUCGAUGAAUUGCCCGACUCAGAUGCAUCCGACACAGACGACGAGGAUGAGCGUAAUUUUGAGGGAAUACGAUUCGAGCUAGAGAAUUUGCUGGUGCGCAUGGCAAUGAUCGUGGAAGAAUGUUACCAUCAUUUUAUGCACCCGAGCGUAAGGGUUUGCAUUCCACAGCGGACUUCCAAGCUGACUGGCGCAAUGUGGGUACACUGGGUGCUUACCAAUCCGAACCCAACUACAUGCUAUGAGCAAUUUCGUAUGUUGCCCAAAACUUUCUUAAAAUUGUGCAACACAUUGAAACACAAUGGUUUUUUACGAAGCAGCCGAUAUGUAAAGAUCACAGAACAAGUUGCGGCAUUUUGCCUAGUGAUGGCACAGUGCCACACGCAGCGGACGGUAGCGGAUAGGCUACAGCGCUCAUUGCACACGGUAAGCGUUUACGUUUAUCGGACAGCUGAAGCGCUGUGCAGGCUUGGGAAAAAUAUUAUACGUCCAGCUGCGAUGGAGUUGCCUCACCCAUACGUUGCACGCAAUGGCCGCUACUAUCCAUGGUUCGCGAAAUGCAUUGGAGUGAUUGACGGAACCCAUGUUAAAGCGUGCGUUCAAGGUGAGAACAUAGUGCCCUACAGAAGCAGGAAGUCCACAAUAACACAGAAUGUCAUGUGCGUCGUUGACUUCGACCUUUGCUUCACAUACGUUUAUGCUGGAUGGGAGGGCAGCACUCAUGACUCGCGGAUUUUCCAGGAGUGCAUCGAGGAUCCCACCGCUCUUUUCCCCAUGCCGGUCGAAGAUUACUUUUACUUGGUUGACUCGGCCUAUGGAUGCUACAAGGGAUUUUUACCCCCGCAUCGCAAUGAGCGAUACCAUUUGGAAGAUUUCCGCCGCGGUCAACGUCGUCCGAAGAAUGCAAUAGAAUUGUUUAAUUAUAGGCAUUCCUCAUUACGAUCAGCUGUGGAAAGAACGUUUGGAGUUUGGAAAGCCCGAUUCCCUAUCUUCGACAAUAUGCAUCCAUACCCGAUUGAGAACCAACGACUAUUUGUGGUCGCAUGUUGCGCCGUACACAACUUCAUUCGCAAAGACUGCGGUGCUGAUGAUCCACUAUUUUGUGAUGCCCUAACGACGCAUUAUGGGCAACAUUGGAUCGACGUCUCGCAAUUGCCUACCAUGACACCUGUUCCAUACGUCGCGCAUGGAGCACCACCAGACCGAACCCGCGAAAGCAAGGAAAUGAUGAUUAUAGUCCGAGAGGCAAUGACCUCUCACAUGUGGGAAACCGCGAAUGAAGAGUAA